ACUGGCUUUGCACUUUUGCCGGAGCGGCUGUGUGAGGAGAAAACUGUCUCUUCGUUAUUGGGAUACGUCGGAUCAGCCAUGGAUGAAGAGGAUCUGCCUUCGUUAUCAACUGGCAAACACAACAAGUCAUCAGGAAGAAGAGAAAUCAACCACUCCAGAGGAGCCAAAUCAUCCGAAGUAUUAUGGUCAAAUGCUGUGUGUGCAGAAGGUGACAGGUCAGUGUCUGAGCUCCAACAUGUCACCGAGAGUAUGAGCAUCACCUGGGCCGACCAGGAGAAGCUGCAGCUCCUCAAUAAGAACACGGAGCUCCGCAGAGUCAACAAAGAGCUGAUGAAGCUGAAUGAGGAGUGGGACCAGACGUACCACAGCACCACACUGAGGCUGCAGCACAGGAUGGAGAGUUUAGAGCUGGAAAACAGCAGCCUGAAAGAGCUAAACAGCAAACUGCUGCUUAAAGUAGAGAACCAGCAGAAUGCCAAGGAUUAUUACGAGCAGGCACUCAUGCUGGAGUUGAAGAAGAAUGAAGAGCACCAAGCAUAUAUCAGGCUAUUGGAGGGCAGAACGCACCAAAAGUGCAGUGCCUCUUCCAGGCCAGACGUGCAGGAUCUAAAAGAGCAGCUAGAGACUCUGCGGUGUCAGAACGAGAUCUACGAGACGGAAUACCAGACGGAGCACAACAAGCACAAACACACACAGCAGGACAACCGCAGGCUGAGGAGGAAAAGGGAGGAGAUGCGCCAACAGGUGGAGCUACUGCAGGAGCAGCUCAAAGUGUAUGAGGACGACUUCCGACGUGAGCGGUCAGACAAACAGAUGCUGCAGAAGCUGCUGUUGAAAAAAACCCUUCCUAGCAAGGAACCAGUGCUGGUGCACCGCUGCAAUAACGUGUUGCCGCCACUAGAGAGAGACAAAGGCACACAAAAUGCAGAGGGAGUCCACCCAGCGAGAGAACAGCACCACCUCCUCUGUCCCAAGCACCCAAACAGGGACAAAGACUGAGGAAAAACAAUAUUCAUGUCGCUGAACUCAUGAAAAAAUUAAAGAAGACUAAAAAAAAAAAAGAAAACAUGAUGUGGGAGCAUGGAUGCAGUUACUUGAAUUCAUACUAGUGUUCAAAUAAUAAUCAUAAAUAAAAACACAUUAAACCUGUAAUAAGAAUUAGAAAAAUGUAAACAUGAAUGAAGGCUCUUUUUGUUCAAUGUUAUGUUUAUUUUGUUAUCUGACUUGUCAAAAUGUUGUACCGUAUUUUGUGCCAGUCUUGUCUUUUGUUGAGUCCUACAAAGUGUUUAUACUGUAAGUACCGUAUUUUUCGGAGUAUAAGUCGCUCCGGAGUAUAAGUCGCACCGGCCGAAAAUGCAUAAUAAAGAAGGAAAAAAACAUAUAUAAGUCGCACUGGAGUAUAAGUCGCAUUUUUUGGGGAAAUUUAUUUGACACAUUAAUAUCUUCUAGUAUGCUGAUUCAGUUAAACAUGCAACCUGGUUACAUUUUGUGUCAAGCAAUUUUUGGUACAAUAUGCAGAAAAAAUUGGAUUCAUUCAUUCACCCCUUUUCUAAAUUAAUUUAUAAUUUUGAAAAUAAUUGAUUUUAAUAUAUCUCAAUCAUAGCAAGUGUGCAUUAAUUUCAGUUUUUCUGAGGUCUAGAAAGCAGUCCUUGCCAUGAAUUUGAAUGUGCCAGUCUUGUUUUUUUGUUGAGUCCUACAAAGUGUUUAUACUGUAAGUACCGUAUUUUUCGGAGUAUAAGUCGCUCCGGAGUAUAAG